AUUUGUUUAGAAUUCUUUUACAUUAUUUUUAGGCUUGACCGAUGCAAUUACACUGCAUCUUGGUUGUAUGUGUGGACGGAUACUUCAUAAAAGAAUGAGACGAUUAUUCCUUGCUUCUUCUGCUUCGCAUAUCUAAACUUGUGUGUACAAACUGAAAUCUAUCAUUGGUAUCAGAGAGUCAGAGACACCGUGACUUGCUUCUGCAAGAAUGGCGAACGGAGAAGACGGAUCAACUUGCGGAUAUACUCCGGCGAAAAUCGUCUGCACUUCAAUUUUUUCCUUGAAUCAACAUGGAAAAAGGGCUAAUUCAGGAAUGCCAUGAGGCAAAACCCCUGCCAAUGCACAUGUUGCAGUAGCCGUACCCAUCAAUAAAACUCCAUUUGGGAAGGUAGUGGCGGCCAGGCAACACCUUUGCUCGAUUUUACUUUUGAGCAAUGGAAUACACUAUUAUCGGUCUUUGGUAAUUUGUCCCACUCUAAUGAUCAGAUGGCUGAUAAGUUUGAUAAAAAUGCAUGGAUUAUUGAUACGGGUGCUACUAACCAUGUGUGUGAAAAUCUGACAUUUUUGUGUCAGAUUAAAUCUAUUGAGCCUUGCUCCGUUGGUUUACCUGAUGGACAGACUGUCAUGGCCACUCAGGAAGGGCGAGUAAUAUUGUCUGAUAAUUUUUAUUUAAAUAAUGUUCUAUAUGUCCCUGAGCUGAGUUGCAAUCUUAUAUCGGUAUCCCAAACGAGUGACCAGCUAGAUUGUUUUGUCCAGUUCACUUGUCACUUGUGUGUUAUACAGGAUCAUCUUUCGAGGAGGCUGAUUGGAACGGGUGAACGGCGAAAUGGACUCUACUAUUUGCGUGAGGAACCUUCAGCGUAGAUUUUGGCAAUAAGAGAAUCAAAGAAUUUGAUUGUGGACUUGUGCCAUCUUCACGAGUAAUUGAACAUUUGGCUCCCCAUCCACGCCAUCCGCUACUCCAACACCUGCUUUGGACACUCAGCUCCAGCAUGUUGCACAGCCGGACACCGAGGCAUCACUUACAAGGACUACGUCACCGACCAUUGAGGCAUAUGCCCAUCCGACUGUUUUGGGGCGCGGGCAGCGUACACGAGUGCCUUCUGUACGCCUUAAGGACUAUGUCACUCACACAAUUAUUAAAAGUAAUCCAUUUCCCGUUUCUUCUGUUUCAUCGGCUCCUUCAGAACCCCGAACAUUUUCUGAUGCGGCCAAACAUGAUGGAUGGCGUCAGGCCAUGUGUGACCAAAUUGCUGCUCUUGAAAAUAUUUCUACAUGGAGUCUCGUUCCCUUACCUCAUGGUAAACGGAUCUUAGGGUGUCGGUGGGUUUAUAAAGUCAAACAUAAAUGUGAUGGAAGUAUUGAACGCCUUAAGGCUCGUCUGGUCAUUUUUGGUAAUCGGCAGGUAGCUGGUUUGGACUAUACCGAUACAUUUGCACCAGUUGCUAAAAUGGUUACAGUACGUGCGUUUCUUGUUAUUGCUACAUGUAAAAAUUGGGAACUUCAUCAAAUGGAUGUCCACAAUGCAUUUCUUCAUGGUGACCUCCAUGAAGAGGUAUACAUGACCAUUCCUCCUAGGUACACCACCUCUGAUUCAUCUCUGGUGUGUCGCAUUCAUAAAUCUUUAUAUGGUCUUAAACAAGCUCUGUGAUGUUGGUUCGCAAAAUUGGUCACUGCACUUAAAGGGUGUGGUUUUCUCCAGUCUUAUGCAGACUAUUCUUUGUUUACACUAACCCGUGGUGUUAUUCAGCUUAAUGUACUGGUUUAUGUGGAUGAUCUUCUUAUUUCUGGAAAUGACAGUGCUG